AAUGAUGACGUGACAUUGUGUGGAUCAUGGCAUCUGCACCCGGGAAACUGCGUGAUUAUUACAGUACAGCUGCCUCGGGCAGUGCAGGAAAAGAGGGGAAGAAGAAAAAGAAGAAGAGAGGAAACACAGCUAAAGAGAAAAACAAAUCUACAACUGAACAGCAAAAGAAAAGAGGACAUCCUAGAACACCCUCUCAUUAUGAUGAUUCAGAGAAACCCCAGACGCAAGAGGCAACCAGCACGGAAACAAGCAGUGACCCGAACCAUGCCAAAGGCCAUACCAAAGAGAGGAGCGCAAGGAAGUGCCAUAAAAACAAAACCACACAGAGUGCAGUGGAGGAAACCUCAGCUCCAGAUAAACAGGAUAAUACAGAAGUGAACAGCCAAACCCAGGAGAGCCUGAGGUGGGAAGGGGUUCUGGAUGAUCCGGUUGCUGAAGCAGAGCGCCUGGAGGUCUACAGAGCUAACCGACGCAAACGCUACAUGGCAUUCAGACAGACGCUGUUAGAAAAUGGAAAGGUUGCGUAAGGUUCUGAGUUGGAGAUUAAUAAACCGAGUGGAACCCGCAAAGCUGGUUCAGCAACCAUUAAGUAGAAUCUUA